AUGGCAGUCGCGCGUCCAGAGAGUUGCGAGGCAUGGGAGCGCAAGCUCCUGCUCGAAGCCAACCACACCCAAGAUGCCGUGUUGAAGGAGCAGCAGCAGGGACACCAAGAGAAGAGCUCGAGCAGCGUCAUUGUGGCCAUUGCGCUGCUGUUCCUCUCUACCGUGCUCGCCACCACCCUCGCUGCCGUACUAGCCUGGAAGUUGCAGCACGCGUGCCACCCGCAGGCCGUCGCGUGGUUGCCUCCAGACGUAGCUCGCGACCAAGUCUUCAAAUAUCAACCCAUAUUCGGCGGUGGUCUUAGCGAUGAGUCAGAGCAAGCCUGGACAAACUUGAUUCCAAAGGGCAAGGGUUUCGUGCACAUCAACAACGAGAGCCCCUUGGUUCCAGCCCCCGGCCUCAACUUGUCGCUGCCGCAUCAGCGCGCUAUGGUGGCUGUCUUCCAUCAAAUGCAUUGUCUCUACAUGACUCGGAGCUCCUACUUCUCUGCCCGCGCUGGAAACUUCGACGACAUCCGUCCCGAGCAUUUGUCGCAUUGCUGGGACUACUUGCGACAAACGCUCAUGUGUGCCAGCGACACGACCCUGGAGUGGGUGCCGGCUCCACCAAACGAUGGCGGAAGCACUGGAUGGGGCUAUCGGCAUCAAUGUAGAGAUUACGGAGCAGUAUAUACGUGGGCAGAGAAGCACCGCGUGACGGAUACAAAGAGGAUCCAUACCUAA